CGAAAACCGAACCGAACAAAAAAAAAAAAAAUAUAUAUAUAUAUAUAUAUAUAUAUAUAUAAAUACUUAAAAACAUGUUGGCGUAAGGGUUUAAACCCCUUCCCUCCGGUUGGUAUAAUUGCAUCAAGCCCACUUAACUAUAGGCCUUGUGUUGUUACGGUUGUACUAGUAAAAUAUUUAUAGGUUUCUAAUAUUUAAUACUUUAUAAGUUUUCUUAAGUCUAUAAACCCUAGCCGUCACUCACUCCUCCCAUUUCAGUUUUCAUGUUUUCUUACUCUCGCUCCCCUUCGCAGCUUUCUUCCUUUCUCUCUGCUUCCUCAAUCACUCUCUCCCCUUCAUCUCUUCCUCUAAGUCACUCUUUCUCCAGUCUUGAGUCUUCUCCUGUCCUCCUCACGGAUUCCUUCUUCCAAACCAUAAUUUUCCCUCGCCCCUUUCAAAUCGGAAGCAGAGGAGGAUGGCAAAGGGAGUUCGAUUACUUCAACUGGCUCUAACGCAGAGGGAGUUUGAUUUCUUCCUUAGUUUAACUAUUAAUUUAAAAAAAGAUUGAUUUUUUUUCGUUUUGAUUGAUUUUAAUUUGGUAAAUUAGGUUAAGUUUUCUGUUUUAGGUUUUGGUUUCUAAAUUAGUUUUGCUACGGUUGGGUCUUUCUUGUUUCAGCUCAAAUGCUCCAACCGUGUUUACUACUGUUGGUUUCUGAAUUCGUUUUAGUUGAUGUUUUUUCAUUUUGGUUGAUUUUAAUUUGGUAAGUAUUAAGCUUUUGUAUAAUAUUGUGUAAUGCAGAGAUGAAAAUUGAAAAGCAUGAGUUAAGUUGACUUCUCGGUUAAAGUUCAAAUAUGUUGAUUAGGGCAUGUUACAUGUUGAUCUCUCACUGAGGAAUGAGGAUGCUCAAGGCAGGGAAGUAUGUAAGAUUCAAGCUCUAGAUGUUAAAAAAAAAAGAUUAAAAAAAUUAUGGAAAACCGAACCGGACCGAAACCGAACUGAAAAAAACCAAAAUUUUUUUGAACCGAACCAAACCAAAAUUUUGGUUUAGUUUCGGUUUUGGCAAAAAACCGAACUGUUUCAAACCGAACCCAGCCCUAGUGACUUGUUGGAUAGUUUUAGUAAUUAAUAAUGAGAUGUUUAGUUCAAAUUGGUUCACAUUAAUAUCCUUAUGGCUUCAUCGUUGGAUUGGUGGUAUUUCGUCACCAUCAUACUCUAAUAAUGAGAUGUUUAGUGGGGAGGUUGCUUGCCAUUAAUAUCCUUAUGGCUCGGUCACCAUCAUUCGCACUUCUCAACCACCAUUUUCACAACCAUCUCUCAUAACCAUUGUUAACACAACCAUCUUCUACCAUCAUUGUAGUCCUCGCCACCACCAUCACUCCCUCCACCAUUGCCUCUACCCUGUUAUUGCCACCACAUAUAUCUCCCCAUUAUUACUAGUACUCCAACCACAAUUUCUACCAACAUCACUCUAUUCUCAGCCACAACAUCCCUACCGUUUUCAAUGUUUUAUUAUCUAAAAUCAUUCUCGGACUAAAUUACCAAACACAUUUUCAAAUCAUAAAAAAUAAAAAAUUGUAUUCGUCAUUUUUGUUUUACAAAACAGUUUUUCGAAAAUUAUUUUGUCACUGACACAAAAUUGGACCCUAAAGAGAUGUCAAUGAACUAUUGUCAAUUUGUAGCUCGACUAAUGAAUUUAUAGUCAAGGACACACGCCGGACCCCUAGUCACCACGUCUACAUCAUCACCCACCGCUGUACAACCCUAGCUAUUGCUAGAUUAAUACUACUACACGAGAAGUGUCAUACGCUCAACUAUAACUACCUUACCUUGCCUCCCUUUCGAUGAACAUUUUUUUCUCAAAGAGUAGUAGUCCAAUUAAGAUUCCAUAUAUAUGGGAAGAGCACCGUGCUGUGAGAAACUUGGUCUCAAAAGAGGAAAAUGGACAGCUGAAGAAGAUGAAAUCUUGACCAAAUACAUUCACGCUCAUGGAGAAGGUUCUUGGAGAUCUUUGCCAAAGAAUGCGGGAUUGCUGAGGUGUGGGAAGAGUUGCAGACUGAGGUGGAUAAAUUAUCUGAGGGCUGAAUUAAAGAGAGGGAACUUCACUGCUGAGGAGGAAGAAACCAUUGUUAAGCUACACAGGGCUUUGGGUAAUAGGUGGUCCUUGAUUGCCGCUCAUUUACCAGGAAGAACAGACAAUGGGAUCAAAAACUACUGGAACUCUCAUUUGAGUCGAAAAAUCUACAGCUUUAUCAAGCUGGGAAACGAACAUCUACCCUCCAUUCUCAAUGAUGUGAAGAAGAUAACUUCAUGCAAUAAACGUUGUAAGGGCGCUCGAGCGAGCAGAUCUACCAUGAACAACAAGAGCAAGAACAAGAACUUGGCCACAUUUAACUCAAGAAAAUCAGAAGCAAACCCUCAACUUGGAAACCCUAGCCUACCAACUGGCACCAUUAUUAAUCUAGGGCAAGUGGGUAAUGAGGCCAGCAAUUUAAGGGGUUUGGAGUCCUGGGACCCAAUAAACAAUAGAGAUGGUGAGGUAAUAGGAAUGUUGGGGAUGCAAAGUUCUUGUUUGGACGGUGCAGAAAUGAUUAAUUUGGAUCCUUGCGGUGAGCAGAAAAAAAGUGCACAAUUAUGCCUUGGGAAAAAAGAAAACAAUAUUACUAGUAGUUCAACUGCAAUAUAUGGAGAUAAUGACUGUGAAACGGAGGUUUUGGGGACAUCUUGUGAAUGUGUAGACACUAUGGACCAGAAUAAUAAUAUUUUUGAAAUUGAAGAGAGAAGAAGUACAGGUAUUUGGAGCUCAUCAAAUGCUGCUGAGAGUGGUGGCGGUGGUGGUGGUGGAGAGUUGUACUCCUUCGCUUCAUCAAUGAAUUCAGGCUUUGAUGAUGAAUGGCUUAAUUGGGGUUGGGCAGGUGGUGGCCUUCAAUGUCACAAUGGUGAAUUGGAAUAGCGGGAUGAAGGGGAGACAAUAGCUUGGUUGUGGGGAAAUGGCAGUACUGGUGAAGGACGGUAAUGUUGAUGCUGAUGCAAAAAAAGUGGACACGCCAAAAUUUAAUGUACAAGUUUUGCUUAUUCUUCCACAAACUUUCUAAUUUAUAUUUUAGUAGAGAAUUACUGGGAUGGUUGAUUCUGUGACAGGGAUUAAGUAGCUGGGUAUGGUUUUGUGCAAUUAAGAAAUGAAAGAUUGUACAAGAAUAAAUCAUUGUUAAAUUGUUCAAGGUGAGUUGGAACUGGAAAGGCAGAAGUACUAGACUUGUGAUCUUGUGUUUUCCAGUUCAUUGUGAAGUUUAUUCUUUGCUGAACUUUUGGCUGGUUCAAAACAUUCAUGUUGUACGUGGUUAAAACUAAUCAUGUUUUGUUUUGUGUGCAA